CCUGGCUGUCCCUGCCGCCGGCCUCUGUUUGGAGGGAGGGACUGGCCCCGUGUCCGGCCUGGGUUGCCCCAGAGGAACCACAGACCCAGACUAAACUGUGGCCCCGCCUCCCUUUUCUGUGCCAGCAGGACUUGGAGCUAGGACACCUCGGUCCUGGGUCCUCUUUGAUGGGGAGGGGGGGUGUUCCACUGUGGAACUGUGUAUGGGCUGAGGCUCUAGGGUUCCAGCGUCACUUUCUGAAUCUCGAGGUGCAUCUGGCCUUGAGGGGACUAUGACGGAGGCACAAACGGACAGCCGCUCCUUUUUGGAUCAUUCAAGAAAUUGAGGUCACACUAAUGGUCCUCUUUCUAUUUGAGCUGCAUUUGGAGGUGUUGUGGGGACAGCCCAGUCGCUGAAUGUGACAAGACUCAGGAAACAUCAGGCUCUUCCAGCUGAGCCCCUGCUUGAGCCUCGCCCCUCCCUAAAUGCUAGACUAGGAAGCUGACAGGCAGGGCAGCAUGUGCUGGCUUUAAAAGGUGACAAUGAGAACUUUGUUAUUGCAGGGGCUGCUGCCACUUUGUUCACAUCCCUAAAGGACUUCAGCAGAAGGGACUAAAUUAGCUCUCAAAGAAGCCUUCCUGGCAAUAGGGGUUGGAUUAUUUGGGAAUGUGGAGCAGGGCUAGGAGUUAGGGAGCAUAGGAUAUAUCCCUGUCCAUGUGAUCUGAGGGAGGUGGCAAGAAAGACCUCCAUCUCUGUGGGCUUUUUCUUUCCUGACUUCUCUUAUCUGCACACUAGACUUUCUUGAAAGCCUCAGAGUUGGGAAAGAAAAGAGGAAGUCCUGGUCAGCUGAGUGUGGAAAUAGCGGGAUUUCUGCUGCCAUAUUUUUCGAUGGGCUUUCCAGGUCACACAGCCUACAAGUAAGGAGCAGGGAAAGAGAGAGUGAGACUGCAUGCCAAUUCUAAGCUCUUCAGGAUCAAAUGUCGUUCGUCCUGUCCAGAAUGGCAGCCUGUGGAGGCACCUGCAAGAACAAAGUGACUGUCUCCAAGCCUGUGUGGGACUUCCUGAGCAAAGAGACCCCAGCCCGGCUGGCCCGGCUUCGGGAGGAGCACCGUGUGUCCAUCCUCAUAGAUGGCGAGACUUCUGACAUCUAUGUUCUCCAGCUUUCCCCACAGGGGCCUCCCCCGGCUCCUCCCAAUGGGCUCUACCUGGCCCGGAAGGCUCUCAAGGGGCUGCUAAAAGAGGCAGAGAAAGAGCUGAAGAAAGCUCAGAGGCAGGGGGAGCUUAUGGGCUGCCUGGCUUUGGGGAGUGGGGGGGAGCACCCUGAGCUGCACCGCCCAGGCCCGCCCCCUCUCCGAGCAGCCCCCCUCCUGCCCCCAGGGGCACGGGGGCUCCCCCCUCCUCCUCCUCCCCUGCCCCCUCCUCUUCCUCCCCGCCUCCGGGACGAGGCAGAAGAGCAGGAGAGCACCUGCCCCAUCUGUCUGGGGGAGAUCCAGAACGCCAAGACAUUGGAGAAGUGCCGGCAUUCAUUCUGCGAGGGCUGCAUCACUCGGGCCCUGCAGGUGAAAAAGGCCUGCCCCAUGUGUGGCCGCUUCUAUGGGCAGCUGGUGGGCAACCAGCCCCAGAAUGGGCGGAUGCUGGUCUCUAAGGACGCCACCCUUCUACUGCCCAGCUAUGAGAAGUAUGGCACCAUUGUCAUCCAGUAUGUCUUCCCGCCCGGUGUCCAGGGGGCUGAACACCCAAACCCAGGAGUUCGGUAUCCUGGAACCACACGGGUGGCCUACCUCCCGGACUGCCCCGAGGGCAACAAGGUGCUGACCCUGUUCCGCAAGGCAUUUGACCAGCGUCUCACCUUCACUAUCGGCACGUCCAUGACCACAGGGAGACCGAAUGUCAUCACCUGGAACGACAUCCAUCACAAGACCAGCUGCACAGGGGGACCCCAGCUGUGCGACACCUCUUCAUUUCCCUUCCCUUGGCUCCUCCCCUUUUCUCCAUUUCCAUGGAGGAAACAUCAACCCCCUCACCCUGGGAGCCUCCUAACUGGAGAGGACCACCUCCAAGUUGUUCAACCGUCUCUUCCAUCCCAGUCUCUCCUAAACAUGUUACCUGGGCCAUAUGUGCCCAGCUUAACCUACAUAGAUUAGCAGAAUUGGGCUAAAUUAUCUUGGGUUUGGAGGACCCCCCUUGGGGCAGGAGGGAAGGGGGUUCUGAAUGGGCUCUCUACUGAGCCACCCAGAAUGAGGGUGAGCAUGGGGAUGAUAUGAGCAAGCCCAAACCACUAACCCCGACCCUCAUUUCUCUUUGCUCCCAGGUUUGGGUACCCAGACCCCACCUACCUGACCCGGGUGCAAGAGGAAUUGAGAGCCAAGGGUAUCACAGAUGACUGAAGGAUCCCUUUUGCAAAGGCCCCUGCCAUCCUCUACUAGGACCCAAUGGAAGCCUCUGUUCUCCUUUUUCCCCCUUUCUCCCCAUACCACACAAAUAGGGGACCUGUCUGACUGGGGAGGGAGUUCAGAGGGGGAGGGGGCAAUCCCUUCCCUUGUCCCCUGCUGGCCAAAUGCUUCAGUGCAGUAUGAGCCACUCCCUUCUGGUAGAGGCUGAUCUCCGAGGUUCUGCACCCUCCUCCCCAUGUACAUAUUUCCUGCCCCUUCCAUUGCCCUUGGCUUUUUUCUGGUAUGUGCUGUGCUCCAGUGACUAAGCUGAGAAAGGACCUGGGUGGGGAGGAGAGGGUCUCUUGACACCCCCACCUCCACCCACUACUUCACUGCUGAACUUCUGGUGUGGGGGAGGAGGAAUUGGGCUUGAUGUGAGCCCCCCAUGGAGCCAGCUUUGUGUGUAUUCAUCAGAUACAAUUCUUCAACCUUAACCUUGUCCUUUCUCUCCCUUGUCUAUGUCUCUGUCAGUCUCUCUUUCUCCCGCUCUUCUCUGCCCCCUAUAAGGAGCCUCCUUACCCUGUUCUGGAAUCCCCGCCAGACUGUAGCUUUUAAUUUAAUAAAAAUAAAGUAAAAUAUGCAACUCUCUA